GCGCGUCCGUUGUCCGGCCUCCGGUCACGUGACAGCGGCGCAGGUGAGCGCUGCUUCCGGGGUCGGGCUCCUGGAUUGCUGCCGGCUCCGGCUUCCACUUGGUCGGUUGCGCGGGAGACUAUGGCGUCCUCCUCGGUCCCACCAGCCACAGUACCGGCGGCGACAGCAGGCCCCGGCCCAGGUUUCGGCUUUGCCUCCAAAACCAAGAAGAAGCAUUUUGUGCAGCAGAAGGUGAAGGUGUUCCGGGCGGCCGACCCGCUGAUGGGUGUGUUCCUGUGGGGCGUAGCCCACUCGAUCAAUGAGCUCAGCCAGGUGCCUCUCCCAGUGAUGCUACUGCCAGAUGACUUUAAGGCCAGCUCCAAGAUCAAGGUCAACAAUCACCUUUUCCACAGGAAAAAUUUCACCAAAAUCAGUGAGCAAGGGGAAUACAUCAAGAGUCCAAAAGGAGUCUACAUUGUGAAGUGCCAUGGCAACACACUUCUGCCCCAGUUCCUGGGGAUGUACCGAGUCAGUGUGGACAAUGAAGACAGCUACAUGCUUGUGAUGCGCAAUAUGUUUAGCCACCGUCUUCCUGUGCACAGGAAGUAUGACCUAAAGGGUUCCCUAGUGUCCCGGGAAGCCAGCGAUAAGGAAAAGGUUAAAGAAUUGCCCACCCUUAAGGAUAUGGACUUUCUCAACAAGAACCAGAAAGUAUAUAUUGGUGAAGAAGAGAAGAAAAUAUUUCUGGAGAAGCUAAAGAGAGAUGUGGAGUUUCUAGUGCAGCUGAAGAUCAUGGACUACAGCCUUCUGCUGGGCAUCCACGACAUCAUUCGGGGCUCUGAACCAGAGGAGGAAGGGCCCGUGCGGGAGGAUGAGUCAGAGGUGGAUGGGGACUGCAGCCUGACUGGACCUCCUGCUCUGGUGGGCUCCUAUGGCACCUCCCCAGAGGGUAUCGGAGGCUACAUCCAUUCCCAUCGGCCCCUGGGUCCAGGAGAGUUUGAGUCCUUCAUUGAUGUCUAUGCCAUCCGGAGUGCUGAAGGAGCCCCCCAGAAGGAGGUCUAUUUCAUGGGCCUCAUUGAUAUCCUUACACAGUAUGAUGCCAAGAAGAAAGCAGCUCAUGCAGCCAAAACUGUCAAGCAUGGGGCUGGGGCAGAGAUCUCUACUGUCCAUCCAGAGCAGUAUGCUAAGCGAUUCCUGGAUUUUAUUACCAACAUCUUUGCCUAAGAGACUGCCUGAUUCUCUCUGAUGUUCAAGGUGGUGGAGUUCUGAGACGCUUGGGGGAAUUGUGGAUAUUCUAGCCACCACUUCUCUUAUUUAUUCCUUUGCUAAAUUCAGGCUGCAGGCUCCUUCCAUCCAGAUAACUCCAUCCUGUUGAGUAGGCUGUUUCUGACCCUCAGAAAUACAUUGUCCCUUUUCCCCCUGUGCCCAUUUUUCUUCCCUCUCCCUCCCCACAAGAAGUCUGCUUGUAGUAUUAGAAUGUCAUUGUUGACUCUCUCCCAAGUGCCUUGAUCUUUGUAAUAUCUCCUGUUGUUUCUAUGAUAUAGGAGCUAGGGGAAGGGGGUUGUUUGUCAUCUUCAGGACCUGACUGGACAGAUGGACCUGGCUCAAGCAACUACUCUGGAUGCAUGUUGCUGUGUGGGAUGAAUUAAAAGUGUCUGAAUUUUGCUGAUAACUUUAUAGAACUCACUAUGGCAUGCUUCCCUCCUGGUGGGCCCUAGGAUGGAUGACAGUCAGGAUACUACAGAUGUGGGUGCAGGCAUGCACACACACGAUGGAAUAUGGCCAGUCCUACCCAGGUGGGGUAAAGAGUGGGUCAGCAACCUGGCACCUCACAGAGGUGGGACCUAAGAGAACUCUUGUGAUUAUGCAGAGAAUUGGAUUGGGUCUCUGUCAAAGAUUGAGUAAUCUCUUCCCUCACCUCAAUUCCAUCUCCACUCAUCUCUACAUCUGGGCACAGGAGCCCAGAGAUGGCCAAAAUCAUUCAAGCCUGGGGGAAGGUGUUUGACUACUGCUGCUCUUCACCAGAACCUCACACCUCUCCUGGGACUGGAACCCUUCAGUGGGUUUGUGGCCAGUUUUGGAGGCUGGGAUGAUGGGCCAGGGUGUAAGAUUCAUUCUCCAUGUUAAAUUUCCUUUCAUCCUGCCUAGCCAUCCCCAAGGUUUAUUUCCAGAAGAAAGGAAUAUCUCUACUUGGAUCAGUUCUGGUCAUUUCAAGAGGAUGGAGGCCUCAAGUGUGGGAACUUCCCCUACUCCCUGGAUGUGUGUGCCUAGCACACUUCCUUCUCCCUCCCCUUUUUUCCAGUUGGAUUUGUUUUUCUGUUCUCUUCUGUCCUGUCUUAUACUGCAACUGUGUCUCCUAGGGGACAGAUGGCCUUCUUUGUCAUCUUCACUCUCCACCCCCAGAGAGGAGUCAGAGCCAUAACUCAAUCACUCAGCCCCUCCAAAGAUAGUUGAGUUGAUGUGUGAUAUUCUCAUAAUGUUGAGAACCCUGAUGAGAUAUAUUAUCUUCCCCUCGCUACAAUGCCUCUGGGGCCAAGGCACCCAUUCUUCUUGGUAUCCUCCAUCCCUCUUGAGGCUUCCACUUUUUUUUUUUUUUAAACAUAAAGGUGGGCACCAGCAACUGGCCUGUGGUGAUGCAAAGCUGCUUUGCUCUGUAUCUGGCUGGACUGAUCUGUCUCACAAGAAGCCAUGAGGCCAUAGGGAGAAGCUCUCUCUCCCCUUCAUCUUCUGCUCCAAAGGUGGUAACAAGAGGCGUACCCAUUGGGGUUGGAGCCCCCUUAUAACAUCUUCCUGUCAGAAGACUGAUCGAUCUUUUUCAUUCCAACCAUCUCCCUUUCCCCCGAUGAAUGCAAUAAAACUCGGACACCAGCAACCGUUGUUCUUUAGAAAUGGGUUUUCUGAUCGCAUGGCUGAUGUAUUAUGGGCAGUAUGGAUGUCUUCAUUUGUUGCUUCUGUUUUUCAUCUUUUUUUGUUUUAUUAAUAAAAAAUUGUGUAUUUGCUCCCAUUACUAUCAUAAUACAGGGAAUAAAUUAUUCAAUCCAAA